AUGACUCAAUUCCCCUCCGGCAGUCUCGACUUAGCCACCAAUGUCAUUAAUCGAGGCUCGACUGCCGUCAUUAAGAGAUAUCAGUCCGAUAUUGUCAUCAAAUGUGUCAAUCGACCUUCCGAACAUGAUAGCAUCGAUUAUUUCGAGAUUGGAAAACAAAUACUCGACAUAUUAAGGCCUCACCCUCGGAUCAUCAAAUUUCUAGGCUCUUCACAGACACCCAAGGGACUGUUAUUCGCCGAAGCGAAUCACGGUGACCUACAAUGUUACCUAGACAGUCAUAACGAAUCUAUCAACGAUGAUCUCCGACUCAAAUGGCGCCUUCAGGCUGCUGAGGCUGUCGCCUAUCUACGCAGCAAGGGCGUUAUUCACUCCGAUCUUCGUCCACAGAAUUUCCUACUCCAUAUCGAUAACGACAAUGAUGGUCCGGAGCUUCUGCUGUGCGACUUCGGGGGUUCGUACUGCAAGACGAGCGACAGGAUAAUCGAUGGAGGCCAUCUCCCUGAUACUGGAUUCUUCAACCCUACAAAGGAAUGGAUAUCUACGAAAGACACCGACAUAUUCGCGCUUGGCUCGGUUUUCUAUGCUGUCAUGACAGGUCACUGGCUGUAUAAAUCGCCAGGCCCGUUUGUCUCCGUCGAGGAGCAGGAGCAAUACGACGAGAGAGUCAACGAGCUAUUCAUGAAACGAGCAUUUCCGCCUGUCGAACAUCUGCUCGGUGGAGACAUAAUACAUGAAUGUUGGACUGAGAAGAUCACACAUGCUGGUACGAUCGUGUCUCGUCACAAAUCUUUGAUUCCACCAAAAGAGGGAGGGAUCGAGGAGAGGACAUGA